AUGGCAGCAUUCAACUUCACUGUAUCUGAGUCUCCAACAUUCAUCCUAAUGGGCAUCCCUGGCUUGGAAGCUGCCCACGUCUGGAUUUCCAUCCCUUUCUGUGCCUGCUACGUUAUUGGCCUGGUGGGAAAUUUCAUAGUUCUGUUUGUUGUAGGCAAAGAACAGACCCUGCACCAACCGAUGUAUCUGUUGAUCUGCAUGCUGGCGCUCACCGACAUCGGCAUAUCUACAUCUGUUGUGCCGAAGGCCCUGUGUAUAUUUUGGUUUGAUUUGAAAGGCAUUACUGAAGGUGGGUGCCUUACCCAGACGUUCUUCCUCCAUGCAGUUUCUGUGAUGCACUCAGCCGUCCUGGUGACAAUGGCCUUUGAUCGCUACGUGGCCAUAUGUAACCCUCUGAGAUACACCACCAUCCUCACCAAUGCACGCAUCGCUAUGCUAGGGCUAGUGGGUUUGAUAAGAUCUGUUCUCUUUAUGCUGCCCCUACCCCUGCUCCUCAGCAGGCUGCCAUUUUGUGCCAACCGGAUUAUCCCCCACACGUACUGUGAGCACAUGGCUGUGGCAAAGCUGUCAUGUGGGGACAUCGCAGUCAACAGGACGUAUGGUUUGGUGAUGGCAUUUGUAGUCAUUGGGUUAGACCUGACUCUCGUUGCCUUGUCCUAUUGUCUGAUCAUCAGGGCCGUCCUCAGAAUCUCUUCCAAGAAGGCCUAUUCGAAGGCUCUCAACACCUGCACCGCUCACAUCUGUGUGAUGCUGACGUCUUGUAUUCUUUACCUCUUCUCCACCCUCACACACCGGUUUGGUCACGGCAUCGCUCCCCACAUUCAUAUUCUCUUUAUGCUGCCCCUACCCCUGCUCCUCAGCAGGCUGCCAUUUUGUGCCAAUCGGAUUAUCCCCCACACGUACUGUGAGCACAUGGCUGUGGCAAAGCUGUCAUGUGGGGACAUCACAGUCAACAGGACGUAUGGUUUGGUGAUGGCAUUUGUCGUCAUUGGGUUAGACCUGACUCUCGUUGCCUUGUCCUAUUGUCUGAUCAUCAGGGCCGUCCUCAGAAUCUCCUCCAAGAAGGCCCAUCCGAAGGCUCUCAACACCUGCACUGCCCACAUUUGUGUGAUGCUGAUAUCUUGUAUUCUCUUCCUGUUCUCCACCCUCACACACCGGUUCGGUCACGGCAUCGCUCCCCACAUUCAUAUCAUCUUGGCUGUUUCGCUGCUCCCGUUUGGGCAAAAGUCUUCAAAGAGCUUCGUGUCAAAGUGA